CAACACCACUGGUCUUGACCAGCUCGAUGAUUCUUUUGAGGUAAAGAAGUAGCAGUAGCACAGCGCCAUCGGUCGUUCGUCGAUCAUGAGAGACCGGAGGUGACGAUGUAUAACGCUUGCUUGAUAGUCCUACUACGACAAGGUCGUCAAACCCUAUAAGAGCAUGAACUUAUCGCCGCAGCUUCUACGUGGCAUCCAAGCAGAUGGUCUAGGACAGCCUUCACCGGCCGAACAGCGGAUCAUCCGAGCAGCUAUUGAAGGUCAUGAUGUGAUAGCGCAGACGUCCGUCAACUUUGGACGGACAAGCACGCUUACCGUACCGGUCCUACAAAGGCUGGAUGCAUCAAAGACCGACACGCAAGCCUUGAUUGUCACUCCCAUGAGCGAUACAGCGCGGCAGGUUCGGAAGGACAUACUGUCAGUGGGCGACUUUAUGGAAGUGGAUUGUCAUAACUGUGUCGAUGACUCUGAUAUGCGCGAGACUAUGAAUAACAUGCUGGCCGGUCCUCAUGUUGUUGUUGGGACACUUGGUCGUGUCCUCGACAUGAUCAACCGAGAAGCCCUCAAGACUGAUUGCAUUAAGAUGUUUGUUCUGACUGGGGCGGACGAGAUGCGCUCGAGAGCUUUCAAGGACCAAAUCUAUGAUCUCUUCCGGCGACUCCCUCGUAACCUCCAGGUUAUGUUCCUGUCUGAAACUACACCCACGGAGAUGAUGAAAGCCACCACUAAAUUCAUGCGGGACCCCAUCCAAAUCUUGGUCGAGGAGGAUGGGCUGACGUUUGAGGAUAUCAGACAGUUUUACAUCGCUGUCGAAAAAGAGGAGUGGAAGUUGGACACGCUAUCCGACCUUAUCGAGGCCCUGAUCAUCACCCAGGCGAUCAUCUUCUGCAACGCUCGCAGAAAGGUUGAUUGGUUGACGAGAAAGCUGAGUGCCUGCGGGACCAUAGUAUCAGCGAUCCACGGACGUAUGGGGCAGCCCCAGCGCGAGUUCACUAUGAAGGAGUUCCGCUCAGGACGGUCCCGUGUGCUGAUUGCGACGGAUUUACCGGCGCGUGGUAUCGAUGUGCAGCAGGUCUCCCUGGUUAUCAACUAUGACCUGCCGACCAGCAAGGAGAAUUACAUCCAUCGUAUCGGCCGUGGAGGUCGUUUCGGACGCAAGGGUGUGGCGAUCAAUUUCGUUACUGCGGACGACAUGCGGAUGUUGCGGGGGAUUGAGAAAUUUUACUCAACCCAGAUCUUGGAGAUGCCCAUGAAUGUCGCUGAUCUCAUUUGAGUGGGCUACGAACAUAUCUCUAGGCCUGUAUCUAUGUUUUCCAGGUAUACUUUGCAAACUGCUGUUACUGUCCCUACCGCUUCCAUGA